CGCCGACCUUAUGGUUCAUUUCAGCUAACAUGGCGAGCGGAGGAGCCUCCGUGGCUUCGCUGUGGACUGAAGUGAACCGCUGCGGACAGAAUGGAGACUACACACGGGCUCUGAAAGCUCUCGGUAAAAUUCUGCAAGAUAACAGGGACGAUGUGACGGCCCUUCACUGUAAAAUAGUUUGCCUUAUUCAGAAUGGGAGCUUCAAAGAGGCGUUGAAUGUCAUGAACACCUACUCUAAAUUGCUUGGCAGCGAGGUUGUGUUUGAGAAGGCGUACUGCGAGUACCGGCUGAACAGAGUGGAAAGUUCCCUGAAGACCAUUGAAAGUGCUCCUGAGCAGACGGACAAGCUGAAGGAACUUUACGGCCAAGUGCUCUACAGACUGGAGCGCUACGAGGACUGCAGGUCCGUCUACACAGACCUGAUCAGGAACUCUCAGGAUGAGUAUGAGGAAGAGAGGAAGACCAACCUGUCUGCUGCCGUGGCCGCCAUGAGUCAGUGGGAGAAGCAGACGGAGGAUCUCAGUCUUCCAGAGUCGACGUACGAGCUGUGCUACAACACCGCCUGCGCUCUGAUCGGUCAGGGACAGCUGACAGAAGCUUUCAAUAAACUACGGCAAGCAGAAGAGCUUUGCAGAGUCUCAAUGGCAGAGGAUUCUGACGUGACGGAGGAGGACGUCGCGUCGGAGCUGGCCGUCAUUCACUCUCAGAUGGCGUACGUCCUGCAGCUUCAGGGCCGAACGGACGAAGCUCUGCAGCUCUACAACCAGGUCAUCAAGCUGAAGCCGUCCGACGUGGGGCUGCUCGCCGUCACGGCCAACAACAUCAUCACCAUCAACAAGGACCAAAACGUGUUCGACUCGAAGAAAAAGGUGAAGCUGACGAACGCGGAGGGCGUGGAGCACAAGCUGGCGAAGAAGCAGCUGCAGGCCAUCGAGUUCAACAAAGCUCUGCUGGCCAUGUACACCAACCAGGCCGAGCAGUGCAGGAAGCUGUCCUCUGGACUUCAGGCUCAGAACCCGGGUCACCCGCGGCCGGUCCUCAUCCAGGCGGCUCAGCUGUGCCGAGAGAAGCAGCACGGCCGGGCCGUCGAGCUCCUCCAGCAAUUCUCGGACCGGAACCCGGAGAGCGCGUCUGGCAUCAAACUAACGAUGGCACAGCUGUAUUUAAUCCAAGGUCACGUUACCAAAGCCUGCGACGUCCUGAGGUCGAUCGAAGAGUUCAAGCACAAAGCAGGAAUGAUCUCAGCUCUGGUGACGAUGUACUCUCACGAGGAAGAUAUCGACGGAGCCAUCGACGUUUUCAAACAAGCUAUUGAGCAUUAUCAGACCGAGCAGCCCGGCUCCGCCGCGCACCUGGCUCUGGUUCGAGAAGCGGCGAACUUCAAACUGAAGCACGGCCGCAAAAAAGAAGCCAUCAGCGACCUGGAGCAGCUGUGGAAACAAAACACAAAAGACGUCCACACGCUGGCACAGCUCAUCUCAGCGUAUUCUCUGGUGGACACGGAUAAAGCCAAAUCCCUCAGUAAGCACCUCCCGUCUGCCGACACCAUGUCCUUCAAGGUGGACGUGGACGAGUUGGAGAACUCCCACGGAGCCACGUACGUCCGCAAAAAAGCCGGAAAGGUCGUCGGAGAAAGUCUUCCCAAGGAGCCGGGCCAAGCAGAACUCAAGAAGAAGAAGAAGAAGAAGAAAGGAAAACUGCCGAAGAACUACGACCCCAAAGUGACCCCUGACCCCGAGCGGUGGCUCCCCAUGAGGGAGCGCUCGUACUACCGAGGCAAGAAGAAGGGCAAGAAGAAGGAUCAGAUCGGGAAGGGAACGCAGGGAGCGACAGCAGGAGCUUCGGCUGAGCUGGACGCCAGUAAGACGGCCAGCAGCCCCCCCACGUCCCCGAGGCCAGGGUCUGCGUCCGGCUCGUCUGCGGCGCCCGGCGGCAGCGGUGUAGUCCCUCCACGACAACAGAAACCCUCGGCGUCAGGAGCCGGCCGCAAGAAAGCACCACAGAAGAAGAAAAAGGGAGGAAAAGGAGGCUGGUAGCAGCAAGGAGGAGUCUGAGGGCGGAGCUUUUUUCUGUUCAGACUUUUAAUUUAGACACGAAACCAAACUUUUCGUUUUCUUCGACUAUAAAUCCUUUUUGUAAAAGUUACAAAAUAAAAUUGCAGGUAAAAUCUUUAAAGGACGGUUCCAGUGCUUUUAUUUUGUUAAAUAUUUGUGUCCUCAAACAGAAAUGAUCUAAACAGUUUCUCUCCUGUUCCGAGUAUUUUUCUUCCUCCGAACGUUUUCCAGCUUCAGUAAACGACAGAAACGUGUCAGAAUGAACUUUAAAUGUAUGAAAUUAAAAGUUUAAUCUUUAGAAUCACAUCGGAUAAAUCUGUGGUCCUUUUGUUUUAAACUUUUUCAUAAAUAAUGCUCGAUAUAUUUUAAAUAUCUCAAUUUUAGAAGACUGCUCUUUAGGAUUU